AUGACAACCAACUGUACAGGUCACUGGUGUGGGGGUACUCUAGUGGACCAAGACUGGGUGAUAACUGCUGCACACUGUGUACAGAAUAAAAUAGUUGAUGUUCUGGGAGGAGGAAUAUGGAACGUGGUUCUUGGUGAAUAUGACAGAAAGAAGAUCGAAGGAAAAGAGAUAAGAAUGGUGAUAGAUGAUAUAAUUAUCCAUCCAAACUUUACCGAAUAUCAACAUGACCUAGCCAUGCUUCGUCUUCCGUUUAGUGUGAAAACCUUGAAUCCAAUAUGUCUCCCAGAACCUGAACACGUGACAGGACUCAUGUAA